AUGCUUCCUGCAGGCGAUUUUGUGAGAUAUGGACCCAACAGCCUUCUGGUAAACACUGCUAAGGGACUUCAUGAUAUCUAUUCCCACGGGAAAAAUUUCAAAAAGGCUCAAAGAUAUGGAGCCAUGGUUCAUCGAGCUCCGAAUACCUUGACCGUCAUCGACAAGAAUAAACAUGGCAAGAAGAGAAGAAUCAUUAGCCAGGGCUUUUCCGAUGCCGCGCUCAAGACGCAUGAGCCGGUGAUUCUGAAGCAGGUUCAGCAGUUAAAAACACAGUUGAGCUUAGACGAUGCAGGCCGACAGGUUCCUUCCGGCUUGUGGACUCUUCCUAAAAAUAUGGCAAGGCUUGGCGAUUAUUUCACUUUUGAUGUCAUGUGCAAUAUCAUCUUCGACAUCCCAUGGUCCACUCUGCGGGAUCCUACUUAUCGAUUUGUUCCCGAUGUCAUAGAAAAAUCGAACGUUCGGGUAGGCACGCUCGCACAGGCUCCUGAACUGACAAUAUUCAGACUGGACAAACUCCUUUUUCCCGAAGCAAUUCGAGCACGAGAUAAAUUCAUCACUUUCAUUGACAAAGUUCUGGGGGAAGGCAUAAAAGCUGCCGGCACGAGCGGAAAAGGCGUCUUUGCUACCUUGACAAACGCCAAAGAUCCCGAAACUCAGCAGCCCUUGCGCAUGAGAGAGUUGGGCGGUGAAAGCGCCACGCUUAUUGUUGCUGGUACUGACACCACCUCCACGGCUCUAGCGGCCUGCUUUUUUUACCUUUCCCAUAACCGUUCUGCAUAUGACCGAGCGGCCACAGAAGUGCGCGGCGUGUUCCGAUCUCCAGGAGAUAUUAAGAUGGGCCCGAGUAUGCACCAAUGCACAUUCCUCCGCGCAUGCAUCGAUGAAAGCAUGCGCAUGUCCCCAUCAGCUGCCAGUUCUCUCUGGCGGGAAGCAGAAGAACAGGGCGCAACCGUGGACGGAGAGUACAUUCCUGCCGGUGUCGACGUAGGUACCUGCAUUUACAGUAUCCACCAUAACCCUGAAUACUACCCCCAGCCGUUCAGCUUCCGCCCAGAGCGCUGGAUAAACGAUGAGGCUCAUAAGGUGAAGGGAGACGUUGCACUCGCCAGGUCCGCUUUUAACCCAUUCUCUAUUGGGCCCCGGAGUUGCAUCGGGAAAGGGCUAGCAUACGUUGAGCUUCAGUUGACACUAGCGCACAUCUUCUGGCACUUCGACUUUCGUCUUGCAUUGGGAGAGCAGGGGUUGGUUGGCGAAGGGAAAGAAGGGGCGGAGUUUGGCCGUCAUCGUGCCGACGAAUUCCAGCUGGAGGAUCAUCUUACUGCAGCUAAGCAUGGGCCUUAUAUCGAAUUUAGGUCCAGAGCGUAA